GCCGUGUCUCCCAGCUUUUUCCUCUUCGCUCCGUUCACCUCUUUUAUUUAGUGUCUGCGUCUUCCCCUACUCGGUGUCGCGUCGUACCCGCACUUCCUCUGUGUGUUCUGUUUGCCAGCCUGCCAACCUGUCUCCCAGCAGUAAAGCUGUGUAUUUUGAAUUUCUUCCGCCUCUCUACCCAGACAGGGGCGGGUGGAUGAAGCAGAAAAAUAACUGGUUGGUGAUGUUAUUUUAAGGCAGAGCUGAUACCAACAAGAGGCUUUAGAGAACACAUAUCUGUGAGAAUGAAGACUUUGAGUGCUGCUCUUGUUUUGCUGAGUCUCAUCUCAGUGGGCCAGCCUGCAUCGCUGGCCUGUGAGAAGCUGUUAAAGCCAAGUCUCAACCAAUGUCCAGAUCUGUCUGGGAGGUGGCACGUUAUAGCUGCAUCUAUGUUUACCCUGACUUCCACAUCAGUCAGUGCUUCAUUUUCCCGAAGUGGAUGGAUGGAUGUAAUUUCUAAGUGCGCACCAAACCGCUAUGCUGGUACUGCUUAUGUGAAAGAGAAUGGAGUUUGUAUGAAUCAAACCGCAACACUUUUCUAUGCAAACGGCGGCUUAUUUGAAGUCAACAGUGAAACUUUAAUGACUCCAACAGAUGCUAUAUCUGCUCAACAAGCCGUGCUGCUGCAAACUGGCUGUCCUGACUGCCUCGUCAUUAAAGGGGUUUUCGACAUUCUUUUGUUCUUCAGUAGACGAACAGCUGUUUCUGCUACUGAGCUGACAGAGUUUGAGACACAGGCAGAGUGUCUGGGCAAGUCCAAACCCGAACUCUUCAGUACUGAUCAUGUGUGCGGAAUUUGACAACGAUAUGGAUGAGGACAAAUUAAGCCAAGUGAUCCAGAGUUUCUUUCAGAAGACGCUUGAAAGGAUGAAAACCACGUAUCACUUGUUAACCAAAUGCAUGGCAGAGGGUUUUAUUUUAUUUUUAUUUCUAUUUUAUUUCCUCAUUGUUUUAAGAACUAAAUGUCCAGUGCUUGCUGAACUUUAUUUUCGUAUCUAAAAUAUGACUUUUAAUCUAUAUAUGAAUGCCUCUUUUAAUUACUAAAUUGAGCUUUUUUUUUCUUCUUCAUUUAGAAGUGCAAGUGUUUUGUUUUGUUUUAAAAAAAGAGUCUGUACGUCCAUGUAUGUUAAAAAUUUCUUUGCAAUUUAUUUUACAAGUGUGUGAGGCCAUAGCCAUGCUAGCAGUUCUAUGAGGCUCCAUAUAGACAUCAGUGUUUCGAACCAUGUAAUACAAAUAACAAACAACAAAAUAUAAAUGAUUGGAUAAUAAUGCAAACCAGGUGUUAUGUUUACCAUGAUAAUUUGUGGUGUAACUGUAAAAAACAAUCACAGAUUGGUGUGUAACCUAUUUUGGAACCACAUUUGAUGCAUUUAUUUUAUGUUCUAAAUUUCUUUUCUUAGUUUUGUCUUAUUUUAAUUUUCAUUUAGCCAGAAAUUGGUGCUUUUAGCUCUUAAAAGACUGCUUGGUUCCAACAUUUGAACAGAAAUGAUGGCUUAUUAACUGUUGUUGUAAAAUCAAAAGUAAACGGAUAAAAACAGAUUUUUUUAUUGCUUUUCUUUGCUUUUAAAUUUCAAUAAAUAUUUCCUUAAUCCUUA